CCUGAAAGAAAAGUAAGAGAGCUCUCUCAGGGGUCCUCUUUGUCCCUGGAGUCAUUUAUGAUGUCAUCCUCUAUUUUUUGGAUUUCAUCAAUUUGUUUAAGCAAUUGCUCUGGCAGCCAUCUUGCAGAUUUCAUUUUCUUGGAAUAAAUGCAUACUGAUCCCCGACCCCAUAUGAGCACCGUGUCUGGACCGUGCCAUGAGUUAGUCAAAGGGUCUUUCCACAAUACUAAGGCAUAUUGUUUUUGAGUUUCACUAUGCCAAAAGCGAGUGGCUGCUGACUGUCUGCUGCUAUCUAAAUUUAAAAAAUUAAGGAUAAAUAGGAAGUGAGAUACAAUAUUUCUAGGUGACCCCUUGGUAGGGUACCAUUCCCCCUUUUUUAUUUUAUCAAUUGUGAGUUUUAAGGAGAGAUGUGUUUUGUUAACUAUACCUUGACCUUGAGGGUUAUAGGGUAUACCUGUUAUGUGUUGGAUGUUGAGGUGUUGACAGAAACGAGCGAAAGCACAGCUAGUGUAACCUGGGCCAUUAUCAGUCUUUAUUUGUUGUGGGCACCCUAAGACAGACAAGGCAGUGAGCAUGUGACUGAUUAUAUGUUUUUUUUUUUUUUUUGGUUUUUUGGUUUUUCUCCGGUACCAGGAACUGAACUCAUGACCUUGCGCCUGCCAGGCAGGCCCUUUUUGCCGCUGAGCUAAAUCCCCAGCCCUGGCUGAUUAUAUGUUUGGUGCCCUCACCAGUUUGGAAGGAAGCGAAAAUGAAGCCACUAAAGGUAUCUACAAUCACAUGAGCAUAUUUUAGAUUACCAAACUCAGGAAUAUGGGUGACAUCCAUUUGUCAUAAUGUGUUGGGGAUCAAUCCUCUAGGAUUAACCCCAAGAUGGGGAGUUGGGAGAUGUGUGGCACAGGAGGGACAAUUUUUGACUAUUUGUCUGGCCUGUUUUCUGGUAAUCUUAUGUGUAAGCCGAAGGGUUUGGGAUUGAGGUGGUGAAGCUGAUGGCUAUUUUGUGUCCUGGUGAUGUCUUUAUCAGGGUCAUUGGAGUCAAUAUUGGCCAAUGUAUAGAGAGUGGACUGUGUUUGAGUGGCCAAGUCCGUUUUUUGGUUACCUUCAGUCAGGGGUCCUGGUAGCCCAGAGUGAGCACGAAGGUGCCCUAUAAAAAAUGGGCGGGUUUUUUUAUUAAGCAUUUGUAUUUGUUUAAAUAGUUUCCCAGUAUCAGAGGCACUCUUGAUUUGGCCUGUUGUUUUCAAUAGGAGUAUAGACUGUGUAAUGUAUGUGCUGUCUGUAUAUAUGUUAAGGGGUUUAGUGGGGAAGGUAGAGAAUACUGUAGUGACGGCGUGUAGUUUAGCCAAUUGGGCUGAUGUAUUGUUUGUUUGAAAGGCUACUGUUUUAUCCUGACAGACAUAGGCGGCCAUACCCGAUGAGGAGCCGUCAGUGAAAACCAAUGUGUCCUUUAACGGUUUUAUUGUCGUGACUGUGGGGAAAACAAAUGUAUGUUUGUUGGCAAACUCAAUAAGCAUAUUUGAAGGGUAAUGAUUAUCUAUAAGUCCUGUGUAGGAAGCAAGGGCAAUGGGCCAGAAGUCAGUUGUCUGCAUAAGCCAAUCAACCUGUUCUUGGGUAUAGGGCAGUAUAAUAACAUCUGGUUCCUUACCAAAGUAGCAUUUUUUUUUUACUUUGGCCAAGUAUUAUAAGGUUAGCUAUGUCUUGAUAGUAAGGUUUUAUGACCUUUUUGGGUGUAACUGACAAAUGAAUCCACAUCAAGGGCGCUGUCUGUCAAAAGACGACGGUUGGGGAGAGAGUGGUUUUGUAUAUGAUGAAUUUUAAGGGUUUGUCAUAAUCCAUAAAAGUUAUAGAUUGAGAGUGAACGGCCUGUUCCACAACAUGUAUGGCUUGUCUCCCCUCAGGAGUUAACUCCCGAGGAGAUGUAGGAUUAGGAUCACCUUGUAAAAUAUCAUAAAGGGGUUUUAAUUCGCCUUUGUUAAGCUUUAGGUAAGGAGUAAGCCAAUUGAUAUCUCCUAGGAGCUUCUGGAAAUCAUUUAAGGUUGUGAGUUUGUCUAGUCUCAAUUGUACCUUUUGUGAGGAAAUCCAGGGGCCCCUCAUUUGAAAGCCUAAAUAAGUAUAUGGGUUUGUUAGUUGAACCUUAUCGGGGGCAACUUUUAAUCCUUGGUCACGCAAGGCUGUCUGUAAUUUAUCAUAACAUCGUAAGACUUUAGUGUCAUUUUUCCCAGCAAUUAAAAUAUCAUCCACGUAAUGAACGAUAUACAUCUGGGAGCCAAUGAUCUCUAGUUGACUGUAUUGUUGAAGCAACAAAGGAUUGACACAAAGUGGGGGAACUGGCCAUGUCUUGUGGGAGAAUGCGCCAUUGAAACCUUUUUAUAGGUUCUCGAAAGUUGGCAACAGGCAAACUGAAAGCAAAGCAUUUUUGAUCUUCUGGAUGCAAGGGAAUGGUGAAGAAACAAUCCUUUAAAUCUAUAAUAAUUUUAAAGUGGCCCAGAAGUAUGGCAGAGGGUAGAGGAAGGCCCGGUUGUAGUGUCCCCAUUAAGACCAUAGUUUUGUUUAUGUUCUGAGGUCCUGUAAUAAGUGCCACUUUUCAGAUUUUUUCUUGAUAACAAAGAUAGGAGUAUUUCAGGGAUAAUUACUGGGGACUAUAUGGCCGGCUUUAAGUUGCUCCUGCACCAACCAUUUUGCAGCCAAUGCCUUUUCAGAAGUGAGAGGCCAUUGGUUGACCCACACAGGCUCUUUUGAUAACCAUGUAAUUUUUUUUUGUAUGAGUCACAGGAGAAUCAAUGGCCCCUACUAAAAAUGGCCUAGCCCAGCUCCAUCAGGUUUCUGGGCAAUUUUAAUGGGUUUAAUAAUUCCUGAGUUAUUUUUUUCAAGACCUUGGCCAGGGAAGUACCCAUAUCUUAGCAUCUGAGCAGUGACAACUGUGUCGGGGCUGCCCAUGAUUAACCCCAUUUGAGAUAGCAGGUCUCAGCCCCAGAGAUUUAUUGGCAGUCCUGUCAUAACAUAAGGCUGUAUGGUGCCUUGAUUGCCCUUUUUAUCCAUCCAUGUCAGAAGUCCUGAGCUUCUCUCUGGAUUUUGGCUCUGACCUAUGUCCUUUAGAUAAGUCAUAGUAACAUCUAAGGGCCAAGCCAUGGGCCAAUCCUCCUUUUUGAUGAUAGUGACAUCUGUACCUGUAUCUAUUAAACCUGAGAACUCUUUUCCCUCCAGCCACAAGGACACAAGGGGUUUUUGUGCUGAAGAUUGUUGCCCAAUAAACAUCCGACGAUCCAAAUCCCUUAUUGCCUCGUUGUUGAGAGACAACCUUAUUACAGGUUGGAACAAAAGUGCCGGCGCCCCCCCGGGGCUUCCCAAGCCAAAGAAGAGGACCGAGCCGGUGAAGAUCGCGGCGCCGGAGCUGCACAAGGGGGAUUCAGAUUCUGAGGAAGAUGAACCCACAAUGAAGAAAAUUGUCCUUCAGGGAUCCGGCGAGGGGACUGGUUUGUCUGCCUUGCUUCCCCAACCUAAAAAUCUGACUGUGAAAGAGACUAACAGGUUGCUCCUACCCCAUGCCUUCUCCCGGAAACCCUCAGAUGGCCCCUCUGACACCAAGCCCUCCAGACUGGCUUCUAAGACCAAGCCCUCUUCUCUUGCACCUGUUGUGGGCACCACAACCACCACUCCAUCACCCUCUGCCAUCAAGGCUGCCGCCAAGAGUGCUGCCCUGCAGGUGACAAAGCAGAUCACGCAGGAGGAGGACGACAGUGAUGAGGAAGUAGCCCCUGAGAACUUUUUCUCCCUCCCUGAGAAGGCCGAGGCACCUGGAGUUGAGCCAUACCUUUACCCUGUCCCUACUGUCCCUGAAGAGCUGCCUCCAGGCACGGAGCCAGAGCUGGCGUUCCAGGACGAUGCAGCCAAUGCCCCCCUUGAGUUUAAGAUGGCAGCAGGCUCAAGUGGGGCCCCUUGGAUGGCUAAGCCUGGGGAUGACUACAGCUACAAUCAGUUCUCUGCAUAUGGCGAUGCCAAUGCCGCUGGUGCUUAUUAUCAGGAUUAUUACACUGGUGGCUAUUAUCCUGCACAGGACCCGGCUCUGGUCCCCUCCCAGGAAAUUGCCCCAGAUGCCUCCUUCAUUGAUGACGAAGCAUUUAAGCGGCUACAAGGCAAAAGGAACCGAGGGAGGGAGGAAAUCAACUUUGUGGAGAUCAAAGGUGAUGACCAGCUCAGUGGGGCUCAGCAGUGGAUGACCAAGUCACUGACAGAAGAGAAGACCAUGAAGUCAUUCAGCAAAAAGAAAGGUGAGCAGCCAACAGGCCAGCAGCGGCGGAAACACCAGAUCACAUAUCUGAUUCAUCAGGCUAAAGAGCGAGAGCUGGAAUUGAAGAAUACCUGGUCGGAGAACAAGCUCAGCCGCCGCCAGACCCAAGCAAAAUACGGAUUCUAGGGCUCUGGAACUGACUGCUCCCAGGAUCUCCUACAGCCCAGUUGGCCUGGCCCCCAGCUUCACUGCUGGGACCCCUACUGCUCUAAGCCCAGGAUCUCUUUUCCCUGAGGAUCCAGCCCUCGCCUCUGCGAGAAUGAACAUAUUUGAUAGAUUUUUCUUAACAAGUUAGAAAAUUCAGCUCCUUUCUGUGACGGAGCUGGCAAAGACUUGAGUGCUGCCUCCAAAGGGGCCCUGAGUUCUGGGAUGGGAGUUUUCCCCCUGUUGGGUGUGAUCAAAUGUUGAACUCUUCCCCAACUUUUUUUUUUUAAAGAGGGAUGUCUGUUGAAAUAAAAUAUUCAGUCUGACAGCC